CUCGUGGUCAGUCGCUCAGUCGAAGAGCAACCCUCGCACAGACAGGAAGUUCACACCGCUGCGCGACAAUCAUGACAGAAGCCAAGAAGGAAUACCGGGAACUCCCGACGGGGGAGACGCCGGCGGCCAAGGACGACUCGGCGGUGGUCGGCCUCAAGCCCAAGAUGACCCUGCUGAACGGCAUCACGGUGAUCGUGGGCUCCAUCAUCGGCUCGGGCAUCUUCAUCUCGCCGACGGGCGUGCUGCUCAACACGGGCAGCGUCGGCAUGGCCCUCAUCGUGUGGAUCGCCAGCGGCAUAUUCUCCAUGAUCGGCGCCUACUGCUACGCCGAGCUGGGCUGCAUGAUCCAGAAGACUGGCGCCGACUACGCCUACAUCAUGGUGGGCUUCGGGCCCUUCAUGGCAUUCAUGAGGCUGUGGAUCGAGUGCAUGAUCGUGAGGCCGUGCUCGCAGACCAUCGUGGCGCUCACCUUCAGCGUGUACAUCAUGAAGCCGUUCUUCCCCAACUGCGAUCCGCCCGACGAGUCGGCUCGCCUGCUCGCCGCCGUCUGCAUCCUGGUGUUGACGUUCGUGAACUGCUGGAACGUGAAAUGGGCCACGCGCGUGCAGGACAUCUUCACCGGCGCCAAACUGUUCGCUCUGGCUGUCAUCAUCAUCACUGGAUUCGUGCAACUCUGCCUCGGAACUAUCUCAACUUUGUCAUUGAGGAGCUGAAGGACCCCGUGCAGAACUUGCCGAAAGCCAUCUACAUCUCGAUCUCGCUGGUGACCGUGGUCUACGUGCUCGCCAACGUGGCCUUCUACACCACGCUGUCGCCCGCCGAGGUCCUGGGGUCGGAGGCCGUGGCUGUGACUUUUGCAAAUAGGUUGUAUGGUUACAUGGCUUGGAUUAUGCCAUUUUUUGUGGCCUGUUCGACCUUCGGAGCUGUCAACGGCGUGCUGCUAACCUCCUCCAGGCUCUUCUAUGCUGGUGCCCUGGAGGGCCAAAUGCCUGAGAUCUUGACCAUGAUCCAGGUCAAGCGCAUGACCCCAACACCUGCUGUACUCUUUAUGGCAUUCCUCAGCCUUGCAUAUCUUGGAUCCAGCAACAUCUUAGCACUCAUCUCUUACGUCGGAUUUGCUACUUGGCUGUCUAUUGGCCUGGCAGUUGUCUGUGUUCCUCUGCUGCGCUACACACACCCUGACCUCGAAAGGCCCAUCAAGGUGAACCUCGUGUGGCCCAUUCUCUACAUCAUUGCCACCAUCUUCAUCACAAUCGUUCCGAUGAUUGCAGCUCCUAUUGAGACUGGUAUGGGUGUGGGCAUGAUUGCAACGGGCGUCCCUGUAUAUUUCUUGUUCAUUUACGUCAGGAAACCAGAGCCAAUCAGGAAAAUGCUAAGAUCACUCGAUGGGUUCAUGCAGAAACUCAUGAUGGUUUGUAAACCAGAAAAACCAGCCAGCCUGUAAGGACCAAAAAAAAA